AUGUCAGACAAAGUCAAAGAAAUAAGCUCCUUAGCUAAAGAGUUAAAGUCUCACUUGAAGCAAUUCCCCAAUUUCCCGAAAGAAGGUAUUCUUUUUGAAGAUUUUUUACCAAUUUUCGCUACACCCGAUUUGUUCAACAAAUUGAUCACAGCAUUCAAGUUGCACGUGGGUCAUACAAAAGUCGACUAUGUUAUUGGAUUAGAAAGUAGAGGGUUUUUGUUUGGGCCUACAUUGGCAUUAGCAUUGAAUGCUGGUUUUGUACCUGUAAGAAAGCCAGGUAAGUUACCAGGACCAACUUACCAAGUGGAGUUUCAGAAAGAAUAUGGUUCAGAUGUGUUUGAACUCCAGGAAGGAGUGAUCCCCAAAGGUGCCAAGGUUUUGAUUGUUGACGAUAUCUUGGCAACGGGGGGUUCAGCUUAUGGUGCGGGUGAAUUGGCUCUCAAAGCUGGUGCCGACAUCGUGGAGUUCUUGUUUGUCAUGGAGUUAGAUUUUUUGAAAGGGAGGGACAAAUUACACGCUCCUGUAUUCACAUUGUUUGGAGGACAAGAGGAGAAGUUUCAAGACUCAUAG